GGAGAUCCGAAGUUACAAACUUCCCAAGUAGGUAUACCAACCUAAUGUUAUAAUGAUAAACUUUUGAUUAAAUUAUUCGAGCCAUAAAUAUCGAGAACUUCAACCAUUGAUAAACAAUUCGAUAUAAAUUGAACGAAACUUAAAUUAGGUUGUUGAUUUUUAAUUAAUCGAGCACAGAAAAUAUUUAAGUAUUACCUACCCACUAUGAUAAUGAUAUUAAAUAUUUAAUUUCUAGAAUCCAUGCAGAAAUCCUUUUUUUUUUUUUUUUUUUUUUUUUUUAAUACAGGCGAUCGUCUAUUAGACAUACCCUGUGAAGAAGUAUGCGGAGAUCGCAGCUCUGGGAAACACUAUGGAAUUUAUAGUUAAGACGGCUGUUCUGGAUUUUUCAAACGAAGCAUUCAUCGUAAUCGCGUAUACACUUGCAAAGCUCAAGGUGAACUUAAGGGAAGAUGUCCGGUAGAUAAAACGCAUCGUAAUCAAUGUCGAGCUUGCAGGUUAAAUAAAUGUUUUCAGUCUGCUAUGAAUAAAGAUGCUGUGCAACACGAACGAGGGCCGAGGAAACCGAAACUUCACCAUCCUCAUCGUAGUGUUCAGUCGAAAGAUGGAUUUAACGAGUUACCUGUUCAACCUUUGCAUGGAUAUUGUAAGUGGCCAUUUUUCGAAUUUCUCAUUACGUCGGAGAAUUGCCAAGAAAUUUACUGGGACGAAGACGGUAAAUCUUCGGUGACGGGCGAAAAACUACCGAACAAAUGGUCAUUACCUUAUAUCGCCGACUCAUUCACGGCGACAAUACGAAAAAUAGAAACCGACAUAAUCGUAGAUUCUAAAGAUGGAACUGCUGGUUUACCAGAUGUACAACCGGUUGAAAUGCUACACGAUCAAGCUCAGUUUGUGCUCGGUUAUUACGUAAGUAACCACUAUUCCAAACAAUCGGCGACCAGAUUUGGAAAAUUACUUUUAAUGUUACCCACUUUACGAUCAAUCAAUCAGAAUUUAAUCGAGCAGCUUUUCUUCAAUGACAUAAUCGGUGCUGAGAUUCGAGUGCAAAGUUUAAUAUGGAGAAUGUAUGAUUCAUCCGAAAUGUAUUAUAGGUAUACGUUGUAGAUCAUCGAUCAUUCCUCCUAGAUUGAGGUUAAGUUACCUUAUCUUAUUUUUUAAACGUUUUAACAUUCAUUAUUUACGAUAAACAUUUUUGGAGAAUAAAUUUUCCAUCUUGA